AUGUUUCAAAAUCUGGACGAGGGCUUCCUGCGAGCCAUCGCCCUGAGAAUCCAGCGUCAGUUCUUCCUGCCCGGACAAAUCGUCAUCAAGAGGGGCACAGUCUGCCGCUCCAUGUUCUACAUCGUGCAGGGAGAACUGGAGGUUCUUGGCGGACGAGACAACGCCACGGCCGUGGCCGUGCUCCGAGCAGGCAAGCUCUUCGGGGAGGUGAACCUGGUGCUGAGCUUCGCUCGGACGGCGACGAUCCGCGCAGCCACACACUGUGACCUGCUGGUGCUCAACCAGCACGACCUGGAGCUCGGCAACGGCGUGGCCUGGCUCCAGCAAGACAACCUUCCUCACGGCCGGCCGCUUGGUUGGUUGUGGAAAGUCUUUCGCAGUCCGAGCAUACGUGGUGACGGCCAGCUUGACAGAAUUUGGAAAACCUUCGUGUGCCUCGUGGUAUUCGUGCAGUGGCACAUCUACCUGUACUACGCGUGCUUUAAGGACGGGUAUUCCCCGGAAAUGCUUGGACUGACCUACCUGAUGGACUCUGUCCACGUGCUAGAUAUUUUGUUCAGCAUGAUGACCAUCGUCAUUAGCCCUCAAGAUUCUUACCAAACAUUUGGGGAAAUAUUCCACUAUCACGCGAGAAGAGCAACGUUUUACUUGGAUCUUCUUGCCGCCCUGCCACUGGACUUGAUCAGCAUACCAUUCGGGAUGUUUUUGUCGUCUGUGAGAAUGGGUCGGCUUAUAGCCGUCUGCAAGCUGAACAAGUUGGCUAAGGCGUGGAUAAUCCCGCGGCGUUUUAGGUUCUUGCAAGACCAGCUUCAAGAGUCACUGACCGUCAUUCGGCCAAUUGAGCUCAUCACCUACCUUAUAAUGGGAGUCCAUUUUUCAGCUUGCAUGUGGUUCAUGGACUCAAAUAUCAAGUAUGUCUUUUUUGCGAUACCAAACUCUGAAAUGUGGCUUCAUCAGUUCGAAAAGGUAAAAGCAAUAGAGAGUGGGUGGCGUGCUGGGAGCAGCCCGAAAUAUGACCCGUACAUUUUAUCAUUGUACUGGGCUACAGCCACAAUGUCCACCACUGGAUUUGGUGACAUUGUUGCGAUGACUACCACUGAGUACUAUAUCAGCAUCAUAGUCAUGGUGUUUGGACUGGUGCUAUUUGCUUACUCACUGGCCUCGUAUGCAUCCCUUUUAACCAACCGAGACAGGCCCAAGGUACAAUUUCAAUCCAUUGUCUUUGCCAUGCAGCAGUUCAUGAUCGAAAACCGGCUGGACAAAGAUCUAAGGAAACGCGUGCUCCACUUUAUUGAUCUGCAAUGGCGUACCUACCACGGCAUGGUUAUGCCCGGCAAGCAAUUUUUGCUGCACGAUCUGCCCGAGGCACUGCAGGAAGACCUUGCCUUGGAUGGUAUCGCCAAAUUGCUCGGCAAUAUCUCUCUGUUUCGAAACACGGACAUCGAUUUUCGACAGGCACUAGCCCGCAGAUGCCCACGUUACCUCUUCCCGGCCAACGAGUAUGUCCUGCGCACUGGGGACAUGUCCCGCGACAUGUAUGUCAUCGUGCGUGGCUACUGUGAAGCGUACCUCGGUAAGAAGCAGACGUCACUCGGCUUGAUGGGACCCGGGGAGUGUUUUGGCGAGGCUGGAAUGUUGUACGGGCUCCCGAAGCCGGCCAACGUCAUCACGCGGACAACUUGUGAUUUACUCAUUAUCCCACAUGGUGAGCUUCACAGGGUCAUGAAACACUUUCCCACCGUCAACAAGGAGAUCAGCGAAAUACAGGAGGAUGCCGACGUUCAGCACGCCGUCAAGAUGAACCACGCGCGCGUGUGGCGGCUGGCCAGGAGUCUGCUACGCGAGGAGGGUUCGCUCCUCACCGUGGACGAGACACCGUCUUUCACCACCUUCUCGAAAGAGGAGCGGAAAACGGCCGAGUACCAAAAGCCAUUUCACAGGCUUGGCCACUUGUCAUUCCUGGGCCGCCUGCUGAUGCCGCGCACCAUCCGACCAGACGGCAGAUUCGCAGCGAGGCUGGAGCAGGUCCGUGUAGCCGCUAUAGUGCUGCUGCUCGUCCUGACGCCAGUGCACGUGACGUUUCUGCCGCACAACAUCAGCGUGUACGCCAUCUGUCUGCUGCUGGACGUGGCGGCCGUCCUCAUCAUGUACCUGCGGCUGCACUUCGCAUACUAUGACGCAUCAUCGACGCUGGUCUCUCACCCCAUCUCCACCGCUGAGAACUACUUGGCCUCGGCGUUCUUGCUUGAUCUGGCCGCCUGCUUCCCGUUCGACUUAUUCGCAAUGCUGUUCUAUCCCGGAAGCGUGUACGAAAACCUACACACGAUCGUGCUUUUCCGGAUGAACCGCUUUGCGCAAGUGUACGAGGUCCUCUGGGCGUUCUCGUACUGGGAGCAGGGAGUGCUCUUCCGUGCAGAGCUGUUCAAAGUCAUAAAACACCUUUGGUUUCUUGGAAUGUACGUACAUAUUCUAGCCUGCUUUUGGGCAUAUUUGGCGUGCCCAACAUCGGCACCAUAUGCUAUCACAUCACCAGCACCUGCGGGUCGUGCGCUGAACAUUCAAGUCAGGAACCAUUCUCAGUUCCUGAAAGCGCAUCAUAACUGUCGCGCAAUUUCUUGGUACACCAUGUCCAACUUCACGCAAUCCGACAACGCUCAGGACUUAUACAUACUCAGUGUAUUGUUCACCUUGGAAAUGCUUGCGGCUGUUGGAUCUGGCGACCUCACACCCCAGACUCGCUCAGAGUAUAUCUUAUCUAUUGUUUUGAUGAUACAUGGUGUCGUUUUCUUCGGCUACAUUAUCGCUAGCAUGACAGCUAGUCUCGUUAACGCAGAUACUACUCGUGCUAGAUUUAACGAGCGCAUGAGGACUCUGUGUCAACGAAUGAAAUAUGAAGAUGUGCCUAUGGCAGUGCAACAAAAGGUACUGCGGCAUAUUGAGUACAAAUUUUCGCGGUCAACCAGAAUGCACGCCCACAUCCACUUCACUAACUUGCCACCGAGCAUCCGGGGAGAUGUAGCCUUUGUUUUGUUUGCGGAUCUUAUCAGCUCAGUGCCAAUUUUCAAAACGAUUGAUCGAAGUUUCCAUCGUAUGCUUGCAAUGUGUCUGAAAGAGGUAUUUUUUCUCGGGGGUGAAACAGUUAUUUUCGAGGGAGACGUGGGUGAGGAGAUGUACUUCAUACAUCGUGGGUUCUGCGACAUCACUGAUGACGAUGGCAAUGCCACCAAGACUCUUGGGCCUGGCGGUUUUUUCGGAGAGGUCAGCGUCUUGUUCUCGGUUCCGCGCACGGUGACCAUUCGUGCUCAGACCAACGCUGACCUGUUCGUCCUGACUAAAAAUGAUCUCCAGGAUGUUUUAGAGAACUGUCCGGAAAUCAAGCGCGAGAUUGAGCGCAUCGCCAUAGAGAGGCUCCAUGAUGCUGGCAGCCGUCAAAUGUCAAGAUCAGCUGAAGAUCUGGCUAAAGGACGGCUCUCGAGCACCUCGAAAAAGUUUGGUCCCGACGUAGGAAAUCGCUUCGUGGGAACGCGACACGGGCGAAAGCACAAAAGCCGACGCCAUCGCAGUUUCCGAGAUCAGCUCACCGCGGCGUUGUCAAGUUCCUUCAGCCUCAAGGAGCGCCGUGCGCGUCGCGAACGAUCGUUGCUGGAGAAAGAGUAUCAAGAUCUGCUGAAUCAGGAAAGCGCCACGCUACCGCAAAAGUCUGAGCCGAAAAAACGUGGAAGCUCUUUGACCAUGUAUUUGAUGAACGCGGUGUCAACCUUCACUGGAGACUUGUUUUCGUCUCAUGCGAUGCCUUUCGGCAGGGGGCGGGGUUCUCACCCGGACCGUGCAACACAAGAUCCGGAGGCUCCUAGUUCAGGGCAGGAUGAAUCAGGUUCACAACCGACAGACAAGAAGUCGGAGACGGAGCCGAGUGGGCUUCGUGCCUCCGACUCGGUCGGGAGUAAUCCGUCCGCGACAGGUAGCCGUAUUAUACACGAGAAAGGAAGAACAACCAAGAAACAGAGCAAAGAACUGACAGCAAAAUCGCUCACCCGUGUUCCUUCGAUCCAGGUGAGCGAGUCGCAGAACGUAGUGGCUGACGGGGAGGACGAUCAUUUCAAAACCUCCUUGAACACGACGCACGGCGAGAUCUACGCCAACGCCUUCUACUUCGUGGUGGCGACGGCGACAAGUACCGGGUACGGAGACAUCAACGCGCGCAACAUAGACGAAGCAGUACUAAAUAUCCCCAUCAUCCUGAUCGGAAAGCUGUCGCUAGGCCUCGUACUCGGUGACCUCGCUUCGACCUUGAGUAACCUGGAGGUGACUCGUGUCGAGACGGAGACUAGACUAGGGGUCAUCGUAAGCCAGAUGAAGGAGCAAAACGUGCCGCAUCGUCUGCAGGAGCGUGUUAUUCAGUACGUCGGCUAUGAGUGGAUCCGGACCAGGGGACAGAGGCUUCAGGAGCUGCUCAAAGACCUCCCCUACUGCCUGCAGUUGGAGGUGUUUAUGACCACCUUCGGCGCCCAGCUGCGCUCGCUCACCAUAUUCCAGCGGGCGCCGCAGCGGCUGAUCCGCCGUCUCAGCUACCUGUGUCACCAGCAGUUCUUCCUGCCAGGAGACUUCAUCACGAAGCGAGGGGACAUCGGCGACAAGGUGUUCGUCGUCCGGCGCGGCUCCGUGCUCGUGUACGACACCUCGCCGUCGGACCCCGAGUACUUCCUCUACUCGGGAUCCAUCUACGGCGACCUGCAGAUCAUCUUCCCCACCAUGCCGUACGCGCACAACCUGGUGGCCGACGAUCCCACCGACGUGCUGGUCAUCAACCAGACGGACGUGCGGCGGCUGCUGGCCGACUACCCGCACUUCUACUUCAAUAAGUCGAGGGAUCAGCCGGACGUGCGGCGGUUGCUGGCCGACUACCCGCGCUUCUACUUCAAGUCGAGGGGCGCCGCCGCGUCCGGGCCGCUGCCGUACGUCAGCCGGACUUGA